AUGCUCUUGCCCUACAGGUUAACUCCUAUUGGUGUCUGUUUCAUGGUCGCGGGCUCCGUACUUGGAAGAAAAGAUAUAGCAUCCGAUUUUAUUCAACUCGGAUUGUUCAUUGCAACAGUCCUUGUCGGACUCGUAAUCCAUCUGGCUAUUCUCAUUCUCGCUCUUUUCCUCGCCUCUGGUAAGAAUCCUUUCCGCAUUCUUCGCUACAGCACGGAACCUUUCCUCAUUUCUUUCGCUACAACCAGUCCUGCCGUGGCUAUGGGUGAAAUGUACACCGGUCUUGACAAGUAUGGAACAAACAAGUUGGUGUCCAGAUUCGUUGUGCCAGUUUGCACUGCAAUGAAGGGAGAUGGGCCUGCUAUAUUCAUAGCCUCUGCGUGUGUCUUCGUUGCUCAACAAACGGGUGUUGAACUCGAUGCAGGCAAGAUUGUCUUCAUUGCAUUGCUCACAUUCGCCUCCACUCUCGCUGUUCCCAACAUUCCUAGUGCAAGUAUGGUGCUUGUUGUCACAGUUCUCUCUUCCAUUGGAGUACCCAGUGAGGGAGCCGGUAUCCUUUUCGCCAUGGAGUGGCUUCUGGACCGUUGUCGUUCCGGUGUCUCAGGUCUCAGUGUGAUUUACGGGUCUACAAUAACUGAUGCCAUCUGCAGGCGACUCAAAAAGGGUGCUGACCUAGAGGAUGAAAUGAAAGAAGAUGACUUUGGAGAAGGCCAUCAGACCAUUAUGCCAGAUGAAGACCUGGUCUAA